AUGUGGAAAUUCCCUCUACUACUACUCCUCUUACCCAUCUGUCUAGCUCAAUUCGGUUUCUUCCAAGGGAAUCCGUUUCAUCCUUUCCAACAACAGCAACAACAACCUCCACCGUCAGGACAGGGUCAAGGGAGGGGACAUAAAGGUUGGGAUGAGAUGGAUAAUGUUCAUUGUAAAGCAGGAUACGUUUGUCCUUCUUCUUUAACAUGUGUUUCAACACCUGCAAACUGUCCAUGUCCUUAUCCAGAAGAUAUCAAAUGCGUCAUACCCGAUCAUCGACCGAGGGAUGAGGGUGAAGGUCCACCUUUUGUGUGUGUCAGAGGUCCAUGCGAUGAGGUCUUCAAGUUCUCCGGAAAGAUAUGA